GAAAUUUAAGGAUACUAUUUGUGGUAACAAAUGCUAAUCCUAGAACUUGAGGGGUCUCCAUGAGAAAAGCAGAACUUGAGCACCGAACAAAUUGAGCCAAGCUAGGGUUUUGCAAACAAUCGUCUCCCUGUUCACGUUCAAUUGAUUGAGAAGACUGACAAACAUGUCGAAGAAGAACGACUUAGGCCGAAGGAAAAGGCUACACGACUUCGAUCUAAGAAGAGAAAAAGAAGAGAAGGAAAAGAGGGAAAAGAAACUUCAAGCCAAGAAAAACAAGAUGAAAGUUGAUGGUAGCAGCAGUAAGAAGAAGAAGGGUGGUGGUGGAUUUCAAGUAGGAAAGAAAAAGUUGAAAACGAAGUUGACACCAUUGGCAAAAGCUCAAGCUGCCCAAGCAAUGGAGGUCGACAAAUGAGUUACAGAGAAGGGCCUCGAAUUGCAUCCUUAUCCUGCUGCAUAAUGCGCUCUGUGUUAAUGUUUGUGUCCUACGUGUUAGAUGGUUGUCCCUGAAGUCUCUCACUUUCUUGCAGUAAAAGAAUAGAGGUAAAAAACCGUAUAUUUAGGCUGGAGUUAGUUCUUGCUUUUCUGGUUUGAUCAGUAGUUGAAGCUUAAUUGUAAGAACAGAUCACCAUCUGAUGGUUUGAAACAGAAAACUUUUAUUGUUGUUUUAUGUUCACUGUCAGUUUCCCAGUACUUGGAGCAUCUCAUCCUUCAUAGGAAAAUUCUCUCAGGUUAGUCCUUCUAUCAUAGUAUUAACUUGGUGUUGUCAGAAGAGAAAUUCUCCACCAGUAUCCAGUUCCACAGAUUUUUCUGGAUCCGAUAAUGAGAUCAGUUUUAGUCGGGGCGUGUGGUCACAAAGGGAUCAUAUCCGGGCUUAUGGGGCCCCAAACCCGGAUCCCCAAUGAGGUCACGUUAUGGGUUCCACAGGUCAUUUUCUCUUUUCCCAAUAUCUAAAGGCGUGGACGAGCACUAUAGAUCUCAAGGCGCGUGUGAUGAAGAAAUUUUCGCAUAUUGCAAUAAUACUUCUCGACUUUGGAUUAUUUACAUCUGCACCCCGCGUAUUUCCUUUUUUCAAUCCUUUUCACUUCUUAUUUACUACUGUCUAAUGAUUUUCUUAAACAGAAAAAAAGAAGAAGAUUGUAAUCAGAACAUGUGGGUCCAUAAUGAAUUUAUUGUUUUCUUUUGCAGCAAAUCCCAUAAGAUUAUCAUUUUAGUCCCACAAAUGCCUUAAAUCAUCUUAGUUAAAUAUCUCUACUUCAA